AGAGAGAGAGGGAGCCACAUGCCGUCCUCCAGCUCUCCCACGCACUGUCGCUGAGAGAGAGAGAGCGAGAGAGACGGAGCGGAGAGCGGGAGAGACAGAACUGAGAGAGCAGGAGAGAGAAGGGGAAGGAUUAUCUCGUUCGUCCUGACGACCCGCGGAUCGCCUUCGGGGGAAGGAUGGCGGAAGGCGGAGAGGGAGAGGAGGAGAUCCAGUUCCUGCGGACGGAGGACCAGGUGGUCCUGCAGUGCACCGCCUCCAUUCUGAAGGAGCAGAUCAAGCUGUGCCUGUCCUGCGAGGGAUUCGGAAACCGCCUCUGCUUCCUGGAGCCCACGUCCAACGCCCAGAAUGUUCCGCCUGACCUGGCGAUCUGCUCCUUUACCCUGGAGCAGUCCCUGUCUGUGCGAGCCCUGCAGGAGAUGCUGUCCCACACCUCAGAGAUGGCACUCGAUUUGGACAAAUGGUCCUCCCAGGGAGGGGGUCACCGCACCCUGCUGUACGGCCACGCCAUCCUGCUGAAGCACUGCCACUCCAGCAUGUAUCUUAGCUGCUUGACCACAUCUCGGUCCCUCACAGACAAGCUGGCCUUUGAUGUGGGCCUCCAGGAGGAUUCCACAGGCGAAGCCUGCUGGUGGACCAUCCACCCCGCGUCCAAACAGAGGUCAGAGGGCGAGAAGGUCAGGGUGGGAGACGACCUCAUCCUUGUCAGCGUGUCCUCUGAGAGAUACCUGCACCUGUCCUACGCCAGCGGGGACCUGAUGGUGGACGCCUCCUUCAUGCAGACCCUGUGGAACAUGAAUCCCAUAUGCUCCGGGUGCGAGCUGGCUGAGGGGUACCUGACCGGAGGGUACGUUCUCAGGCUCUUCCACGGGCACAUGGACGAGUGCUUGGCCAUCUCGGCCGCGGACCAGGGGGAGGACCAGCGAAGAAACGCUCACUACGAGGGAGGAGCCGUCUGCAGCCACGCCCGAUCACUAUGGCGACUGGAGCCGCUGAGGAUCAGUUGGAGCGGGAGCCACAUGAAGUGGGGCCAGUCCUUCCGGGUGCGCCACAUCACCACGGGCCGCUACCUGUGCCUGGACGAGGAGAAGGGCCUGCUGCUGGUGGACCCCGAGAAGGCCAACACCAAACUGUCUGCCUUCUGCUUCCGCGCCUCCAAGGAGAAGAUCGAGGUGGCUCAGAAGCGGGACGUGGAGGGCAUGGGCACCCCGGAGAUCAAGUACGGGGAGUCCAUGUGCUUCGUGCAGCACGUCUCCACCGGCCUGUGGCUCACCUACGCCUCCGUGGACGCCAAGUCCGCCCGCCUCGGGCCCCUGAGAAGGAAGGCCAUCCUGCACCAGGAGGGGCACAUGGACGACGCCCUGACCGUGGCGCGCUCCCAGAUCGAGCAGUCCCAGGCCGCCCGCAUGAUCUACAGCACCGCCGGGCUCUUCGCCCAGUUCAUCAAGGGCCUGGACUCCCUAAGCGGGAAGAACAAGGCCCCCGGCGCCACGUCGCUGCCCAUGGACGCGGUGGUGCUCUCCCUGCAGGACCUCAUCUUCUACUUCCGCCCCCCCGAGGAGGAGCUGGAGCACGAGGAGAAGCAGACCAAGCUGCGCUCCCUCAGGAACCGCCAGAACCUCUUCCAGGAGGAGGGCAUGAUCGCGCUGGUGCUGGACUGCAUCGACCGGCUCAACGUCUACAACACGGCCGCCCACUUCUCCGAGUUCGCCGGGGAGGAGGCGGCCGAGUCCUGGAAGGAGAUCGUCAACCUGCUGUACGAGCUCCUGGCCUCUCUGAUCCGUGGGAAUCGGGCCAAUUGCGCGCUCUUCUGCGACAACCUGGACUGGCUGGUCAGCAAGCUGGACCGCCUGGAGGCCUCUUCAGGCAUCCUGGAGGUGCUGUACUGCGUUCUGAUCGAGAGCCCCGAGGUGCUGAACAUCAUCCAGGAGAACCACAUCAAAUCCAUCAUCUCCCUGCUGGACAAGCACGGGCGCAAUCACAAGGUCCUGGACGUGCUGUGCUCUCUGUGCGUGUGCAACGGCGUGGCCGUCCGGUCCAAUCAGAACCUCAUCACCGAGAACCUGCUCCCGCGGCGGGACCUCCUGCUGCAGACCAACAUCAUCAACUACGUCACCAGUAUGAGACCGAACAUUUUCCUGGGCACGUGCGAGGGGUCCACGCAGUAUAAGAAGUGGUACUACGAGCUGAUGGUGGACCACGUGGAGCCCUUCCUGACGGCGCAGGUCAUCCACCUGCGCGUGGGCUGGGCCCUCACCGAGGGGUACAGCCCCUACCCCGGCGGGGGCGAGGGCUGGGGCGGCAACGGCGUCGGCGACGACCUCUACUCCUACGGCUUCGACGGCCUGCACCUGUGGUCUGGGCGUGUCCCUCGGCACGUGGCCUCGCCCAACCAGCACAUCCUGGUGGCCGACGACGUCGUCAGCUGCUGCCUGGAUCUGAGCGUGCCCAGUAUCUCCUUCCGCAUCAACGGCCACCCCGUGCAGGGCAUGUUCGAGAACUUCAACCUGGACGGCCUCUUCUUCCCGGCGGUCAGCUUCUCGGCAGGCGUAAAGGUGCGCUUCCUCCUCGGCGGUCGUCACGGCGACUUCAAGUUCCUCCCGCCCCCCGGCUACGCCCCCUGCUACGAGGCCCUGCUGCCCAAGGACAGGAUGCGGAUCGAGCCAAUCAAGGAGUACAAGCACGACUUCGACGGCGUCCGCAACCUGCUGGGCCCCACGCAGUCGCUGUCCCACACCGCCUUCACACCCUGCCCCGUCGACACCGUGCAGAUCGUCCUGCCCCUCCACCUGGAGCGCAUCCGCGAGAAGCUUGCGGAGAACAGCCACGAGCUUUGGGCUGUCACCCGCAUCGAGCAGGGCUGGACCUACGGCCCGUUUCGCGAUGACAACAAGAAGUUGCACCCCUGCCUGGUGGAUUUCCAGAGCCUUCCGGAACCCGAGAAGAACUACAACCUGCAGAUGUCUGGGGAAACACUCAAAACUCUGUUGGCACUGAGCUGUCAUGUGGGCAUGGGCGAUGAGAAGGCCGAGGAGAACCUGAAGAAGAUCAAGCUCCCCAAGACCUACAUCAUGAGCAACGGGUACAAACCCGCCCCCCUGGACCUGAACCACGUCAAGCUGACGCCCAACCAGAACACCCUGGUGGAGAGACUGGCAGAGAACGGGCACAACGUGUGGGCGCGGGACAGGGUGCGCCAGGGCUGGACCUACAGCAUCGUGCAGGACAUCUCCAACAAGCGCAACCCCCGCCUCGUUCCCUACAACCUGCUGGACGAGAAAACCAAGAAGACGAACCGCGACACCGUCUGCGCAGCCGUGCGCACGCUCAUCGGCUACGGAUACAACAUCGAGCCGCCGGACCAGGAGGGCAGCGGCCACGGGCCGGGCAGCAUCCGCACGGACAAGAUCCGGGUGUUCCGGGCGGAGAAGUCGUACGCGGUGACCCAGGGGAAGUGGUACUUCGAGUUCGAGGUGGUGACGGUGGGCGAGAUGCGCGUGGGCUGGGCCCGGCCCAGCGUGCGCGCCGACACCGAGCUGGGCGCCGACGAGCUCGCCUACGUCUUCAACGGCUUCAAGGCUCAGCGCUGGCACGUGGGCAACGAGCCGUUCGGCAGAACCUGGUCGCCGGGCGACGUGGUGGGCUGCAUGAUCGACCUGACGGAGCAGAACAUCAUGUUCACCCUCAACGGGGAGAUGCUGAUCAGCGACUCGGGCUCUGAGAUGGCCUUCAAGGACAUCGAGAUCGGAGAGGGCUUCAUCCCCGUGUGCUCGCUGAGCCUGUCCCAGGUGGGCCGGAUCAACCUGGGCCAGAACGUCAGCAGCCUCCGCUACUUCGCCAUCUGCGGCCUGCAGGAGGGCUUCGAGCCCUUCGCCAUCAACAUGAAGCGCGACAUCACCAUGUGGUUCAGCAAGAGCCUGCCGCAGUUCAUCCCCGUGCCCACCGACCAUGCCCACAUCGAGGUUUCACGUGUGGAUGGGACAGUGGAGAGCGCCCCCUGCCUGAAGCUGACCCACAAGACGUUCGGCUCGCAGAACGCCAACACGGACAUGCUGUUCCUGCGCCUGAGCAUGCCCAUCGAGUUCCACGAGACCUUCAAGGUGCCGGCGGGCACCACGCCCCUCACCCGCUCCCUCACCAUCCCCGAGGACGAGGCGCUGGAGGUGGACCCCAACUCGGAGUUCGAGAUGCUGAAGAAGUCGGCCACCCGCCGGGAGCAGGAGGAGAAGGAGAAGGAGCCGUCCGUUCCCAAGGAGAUCCCCGGCAACAAGGGAGGAGAGAACGAGAAGGACGCCUCCACGGAGAAGAGCAAGAAGAGAGGGUUCCUGUUCAAAGCCAAGAAGGCGGCCUUCAUUGCCCCUCCCCCGGUGGUUCCCACGGUGCCGCGCCUGAUGGAGGACGUCGUCCCGGACGAUCGGGACGACGUGGACAUCAUCCUCAACACCACCACGUACUACUACUCAGUACGGGUCUUUGCGGGGCAGGAGCCCAGCGGUGUGUGGGUGGGCUGGGUCACCCCUGACUACCACCAGUACGACCUUCACUUUGACCUCAACAAAGUGCGCAAUGUCACCGUCACCGUGGGCGACGACAAGGGCAACAUUCACGACAGUAUGAAGCGGAGUAACUGCUACAUGGUGUGGGGAGGGGAGUUCAGCAACAGCUCCCAGCAGACCCGCAUCAGCCAGGAGGACCUUCUGAUUGGCUGCCUGGUGGACCUCGACACCGGCCUCAUGACCUUCACAGCCAAUGGGAAGGAGAUCAAUACUUUCUACCAGGUGGAGCCCAACACCAAGCUCUUCCCCGCCGUGUUUGUGCAGCCGUCCAGUCAGAACGUGUUGGCAGUGGAGCUGGGCAAACUCAAGAACAUCAUGCCGAUCUCGGCGGCCAUGUUCCGCAGCGAGCGCAAGAACCCGGUGCCGCAGUGCCCGCCGCGGCUGGACGUGCAGAUGCUGACCCCGGUGAUCUGGAGCCGCAUGCCCAACCACUUCCUGUCGCCGGAGACGGUGCGGGUGAGCGAGCGGCACGGCUGGUCGGUGGUCUGCAGCGAGCCGCUCACCAUGAUGGCCCUCCACAUCCCCGAGGAGAACAGGUGCAUAGACGUGCUGGAGCUCUCCGAGCGCCUGGACAUGCUCAAGUUCCACUACCACACGCUGAAGCUCUACUGCGCCGUCUGCGCGCUGGGCAACAACCGGGUGGCGCACGCGCUCUGCAGCCACGUGGACGAGUCGCAGCUCUUCUACGCCAUCGAGAACACCUACCUGCCCGGCCCCAUGCGCAGCGGCUACUACGACCUGCUCAUCAGCAUGCACCUGGAGUCCGCCAAGCGCGCCCGCCUCAUGACCAACAAGGAGUUCAUCGUGCCCAUGACCGACGACACCCGCACCAUCAUGCUCUACUCGGACGCCGAGAAGGCCCACGCCCUGCCCGGGGUGGGGCUCACCACCUGCCUGCGCCCCAAAGUCCAGUUCUCCCCCGUCAGCUUCGUGGGGACCAACCCCGACGUCUAUACCCUCAGCCCCGUCAUCCCCUUAGAGGUCAUGAAGACCAAGGCCCUCAACAUGCUGACGGAGGCGGUGGAGGACGGCGGCCAGGCCAUGCGGGACCCUGUAGGGGGCAGCGUGGAGUUCCACUUCGUCCCCAUCCUCAAGCUCAUCAGCACCCUGCUCAUCAUGGGCGUCUUCGGUGACGAGGACGUCAAGCACAUCCUCAAGAUGAUCGAGCCCAACGUGUUCGGCCCGGAGGCGGAGCCUCCAGCGGAGGAGGGCGGGGCCGGGGGAGGGGCCAGGAAGGGAGAGGAGGAGCAGAAGCCCAAGGAAGUGAAGGAGCGGGGCGCGGAAGCGAAGGAAGAGGAGGAAGGGCUGGAUGAAGAGAGCGAGGGAGAGGUGGAAGAUGAGGGAGUAGGACAGGACGACGAAGAGGAGGAGGAUGAGGAGGAAGAGGAGGAGGAAGAAGAGCUGGAAUUGGAGGAGGAGCUGGAGAAGGAACAUGGGGAAAAGGAGGGAGAAGAGGAGGGUGCUGGAGAGAAAAUGGAUGGAGAGAAGGCGCCAGAGGAGAAGGAGAGGGAGUCGGGGGCGGGCGAGGCGGAGGCAGAAGUGAGGGAGGGGCCAGAGGAAGGACUGCUCCAGAUGAAGCUUCCAGAAUCUGUCAAACUGCAGAUGUGCACUCUGCUCCAGUACUUCUGCGACUGCGAGCUGCGCCACAGGGUGGAGGCCAUCAUCGCCUUCUCCGACCAGUUCGUCAACGAGGUGCAGUCCAAUCAGAGGAUGCGCUACAACGAGCUCAUGCAGGCGUUCACCAUGAGCGCCGCCGAGACCGCCCGCAAGACCCGCGAGUUCCGCUCGCCCCCGCAGGAGCAGAUCAACAUGCUCCUGAACUUCAAGCACUUCAUGGACGAGGAGGACAGCCCCGUCCCUGAGGAGGUUCGAGAGGCUCUGCAGGCGUUUCACAACGACCUGCUGGCGCACUGCGGCGUGCACAUUGAGGAGGAGGAGGAAGAGGCGGAGGUGGACACGUCCCUGCGCGGGCGGCUCUUCAGCCUGGUGGACAAGGUCAGGAGCUUCCGCAGGAAGAAGGUGGAGGAGGAGCCAGAGCCUGCGGAAGAGCCCAAACCCAGCACCCUCCAGGAGCUCAUCUCCCACACCAUGAUCCACUGGGCCCAGGAGUCGUUCAUCCAGAACCCGGAGCUGGUGCGGCUCAUGUUCAGCCUGCUGCACCGGCAGUACGACGGGCUGGGCGAGCUGAUCCGGGCGCUGCCCAAGGCCUACACCAUCAACGCCGUGUCCGUGCAGGACACCAUGGACCUGCUGGAGUGCCUGAGCCAGAUCCGCUCGCUGCUCAUCGUGCAGAUGGGGCCCGAGGAGGAGAGGCUGAUGAUCCAGAGCAUCGGGAACAUCAUGAGUAACCGGGUGUUCUACCAGCACCCGAACCUGAUGCGUGCUCUCGGCAUGCAUGAGACUGUCAUGGAGGUCAUGGUCAACGUGCUGGGCGGUGGAGAUUCUAAGGAGAUCCGGUUCCCAAGGAUGGUGACCAACUGCUGCCGCUUCCUGUGCUACUUCUGCCGGAUCAGCCGGCAGAACCAGCGCUCCAUGUUCGACCACCUCAGCUACCUGCUCCAGAACAGCGGCAUCGGCCUGGGGAUGCGAGGCUCCACCCCUCUGGACGUGGCGGCGGCGUCCUGCAUCGAUAACAACGAGCUGGCCCUGGCGCUGCAGGAGCAGGACCUGGAGAAGGUGGUGAAGUACCUGGCCGGCUGUGGGCUGCAGAGCUGUCCGAUGCUUCUGUCCAAGGGCUACCCUGACAUCGGCUGGAACCCGUGUGGCGGAGAGCGCUAUCUGGACUUCCUCCGCUUUGCUGUGUUCGUCAACGGAGAGAGCGUGGAGGAGAACGCCAACGUGGUGGUGCGUCUGCUGAUCCGCCGGCCCGAGUGCUUCGGCCCCGCCCUGAGGGGGGAGGGGGGCAACGGGCUGCUCGCCGCCAUCGAGGAGGCCAUCAAAAUCUCAGAGGACCCCGCCCGGGACGGGCCCACGGUCAAGAAGGACCGACGCUUCCCCAUGUUUGGAGGGGAGGAGCAGCAGGAGGACAACAGGGUGCAUCUUGGGAACGCCAUCAUGUCCUUCUACUCCGCCCUCAUUGAUCUGUUGGGCCGUUGUGCCCCUGAGAUGCACUUGAUCCAGGCUGGCAAGGGUGAGGCUCUGAGAAUCAGGGCCAUCCUGAGGUCCCUGGUGCCCAUCGAGGACCUGGUGGGGGUGAUCAGCCUGCCCGUCCAGAUCCCCACCUUCGGGAAAGAUGGCAGCAUCAUCGAGCCAAAGAUGUCGGCCAGCUUCGUUCCGGACCACAAGGCUCCCAUGGUGCUGUUCCUGGACCGCGUGUACGGCAUCGACAACCAGGACUUCCUCCUGCACGUGCUGGAGGUGGGCUUCCUGCCGGACAUGAGGGCAGCCGCCUCGCUCGACACGGCGGCGUUCAGCACCACCGAGAUGGCCCUGGCCCUCAACCGCUACCUGUGCUCGGCGGUGAUGCCGCUGAUCACCAAGUGCGCCCCGCUGUUCGCCGGCACCGACCACCGCGCCAUCAUGAUCGACUCCAUGCUGCACACCAUCUACCGCCUGUCCCGCGGCCGCUCCCUCACCAAGGCCCAGCGGGACGUCAUCGAGGAGUGCCUCAUGUCCCUGGUCAAGUACCUUCGGCCCUCCAUGCUCCAGCACCUGCUGAGGAGGCUGGUGUUUGACGUGCCCAUCCUCAACGAGUAUGCCAAGAUGCCACUCAAGCUGUUGACCAAUCACUACGAGCGUUGCUGGAAGUACUACUGCCUCCCCAAUGGCUGGGCCAAUUUUGGAAUCUCCUCAGAGGAAGAGCUGCACCUGACUCGCAAACUCUUCUGGGGCAUCUUCGAGUCACUGGCUCACAAGAAAUUUGACUCGGAGCUGUUUAAGAUCGCCAUGCCGUGCAUAUGCGCCAUCGCGGGGGCCAUCGCCCCCGACUACGUGGACGCCAGCUACUCCUCCAAGACCGAAAAGAAGGCCUCGGUCGACGCCGAGGGAAACUUCGACCCCAAGCCCGUGGACACCACAAAUACUAUCAUUCCUGAGAAGCUGGAUGGCUUCAUCAACAAAUAUGCAGAAUACACACAUGACAAGUGGGCUUUUGAGAAGAUCCAGAACAACUGGACCUAUGGAGAGGUGCUGGAUGAAAACGCCAAGACCCACCCCAUGCUCAGGCCAUACAAGACUUUCUCUGAGAAGGACAAAGAGAUCUACCGCUGGCCCAUCAAAGAGUCCAUCAAGGCCAUGAUAGCGUGGGAGUGGACCCUGGACAAGGCCAGGGAUGGAGAGGAGGAUAAGACGGAGAAGAAGAAGACCCGCAAGAUAUCACAGACAGCACAGGCGACCUAUGACCCCAGCCAUGGCUACAGCCCCCAGCCCAUUGACAUCUCUGGCAUGUCUCUGUCCCGAGAGCUGCAGGCCAUGGGCGAGCAGUUGGCUGAGAAUUACCACAAUACCUGGGGCAGGAAGAAGAAGAUGGAGCUGCAGUCUAAAGGGGGCGGUACCCAUCCGCUGCUGGUGCCGUACGACACCCUGACGGCUAAGGAGAAGGCCCGGGACCGAGAGAAGUCCCACGAGCUGCUCAAAUUCCUGCAGCUCCACGGCUACGCCGUCACCAGAGGGCUGAAGGACAUGGAGCUGGACACGUCUUCCAUAGAGAAACGCUUCGCCUACGGCUUCCUGCAGAAGCUGCUCAAGUGGAUGGACAUCGCCCAGGAGUUCAUCGCCCAUCUGGAGGCUGUGGUCAGCAGCGGGCGGGUGGAGAAGUCACCACACGAGCAGGAGAUCAAGUUCUUUGCCAAGAUCCUGCUGCCGCUGAUUAACCAGUACUUUAAGAACCACUGCCUCUACUUCCUCUCCACUCCCGCCAAGAUGCUGGGCAGCGGGGGGCUGUCCUCCAACAAGGAGAAGGAGAUGAUCGCCAGUAUCUUCUGUAAAAUGGCAGCUCUGGUGAGACACAGAGUUUCUCUCUUUGGUACGGACGCUGCCGCUGUUGUCAACUGUCUGCACAUUCUGGCCCGGUCACUGGAUGCCAGGACAGUGAUGAAGUCGGGCCCUGAGAUUGUGAAGGCUGGACUGCGCUCGUUUUUUGAAAGUGCCGCUGAUGACAUAGAGAAGAUGGUGGAGAACCUCAAACUGGGCAAGGUGUCCAACCGCACCCAGGUGAAGGGUGUGUCUCAGAAUAUUAACUACACCACCAUCGCCCUGCUUCCUGUGCUCACCUCCCUGUUCGAUCACGUCGCUCAGCACCAGUUUGGGGAUGAUGUCAUCCUGGAUGACGUGCAGAUGUCAUGCUACCGCAUCAUGUGUAGCAUCUACUCUUUGGGCACUGUGAAGAACCCCCAUGUGGAUCGACAGAGACCAGCUCUGGGGGAGUGUCUGGCUCACCUGGCUGCUGCCAUGCCGGUGGCCUUCCUGGAGCCCCACCUGAACGAGUACAACGCCUUCUCCGUGUACACCACCAAGACCCCCAGAGAGAGAGCCAUCCUGGGCCUGCCGAGCCACGUGCAGGAGCUGUGCCAGGACAUUCCCGAGCUGGACAUCCUGAUGAAGGAGAUAGGGGACCUGGCGGAGUCGGGCGCCCGCUACACGGAGAUGCCCCACGUGAUCGAGAUCACCCUGCCCAUGCUCUGCAACUACCUGCCCCGCUGGUGGGAGAGGGGGGUGGAGAACCACCCCGAGCAGGAGGGCAAGCUCUGCACCGAGGUCACCUCCGAGCACCUCAACCAGCUGCUGGGCAGCAUCAUGAAGAUCGUGGUCAACAACCUGGGCAUCGACGAGGCCUCCUGGAUGAAGAGGCUGGCCGUGUUCUCCCAGCCCAUCGUGAGCCGGGCCAAGCCCGAGAUGCUCAAGUCGCACUUCAUCCCCACCAUGGAGAAGCUGAAGAAGCGCACGGGCAAGGUGGUGGCCGAGGAGGAGCACCUGCGCAUGGAGGGCAAGUCCGAGGGCGACGAGGAGGAGGGCACCAUCCGCGACGAGUUCGCCGUGCUCUGCCGCGACCUCUACGCCCUCUACCCCCUGCUCAUCCGCUACGUGGACAACAACAGGGCCCGGUGGCUCACCUGUCCAGAUCCUGAUGCCGAGGAGCUUUUCCGCAUGGUGGGGGAGGUCUUCAUCUUCUGGUCCAAAUCUCACAACUUCAAACGGGAGGAGCAGAACUUUGUGGUGAUGAAUGAGAUCAACAACAUGUCCUUCCUCACCGCCGACAGCAAGAGCAAGAUGAGCAAGGCGGGCGGCUCGGACGUGGAGCGUACCAAGAAGAAGCGACGGGGGGACCGCUACUCGGUGCAAACCUCGCUGAUCGUGGCCGCCCUGAAGAAGAUGCUCCCCAUCGGCCUCAACAUGUGCUCCCCUGCCGACCAGGAACUGAUCAACAUGGCUAAGAUCCGUUACUCUCUGAAAGACACGGAUGAGGAGGUGAGAGAGUUCCUGCAGAACAACCUGCACCUCCAGGGAAAGGUGGAGGACCCCUCCAUGCGCUGGCAGAUGGCUCUCUAUAAGGAGUUGGCUGGGAAGGCGGAGGACGCCGAUGACCCUGCGAAGGUGGUGAAGAGGGUCCAAGAGGUGUCCGCCGUGCUCUAUCACAUUGAGGUGACCGAGCACCCGUUCAAAUCUAAGAAGAUGGUUUGGCACAAACUGUUGUCCAAACAGCGCCGGAGGGCUGUGGUGGCCUGCUUCAGAAUGACGCCUCUGUACAACUUACCCAGGCACAGAGCUUCCAACAUGUUCCUGGACGGGUACAAACGCAACUGGAUCCACACGGAAGGCUACUCCUUUGAAGACAGAAUGAUUAAUGACCUGUCAAAAGCGAUGGAGCAAGAGGAAGAGGAAGAGGAGGAGACCGAGACAAAGCCCGACCCCCUUCACCAGCUCAUUCUGCACUUUAGCCGCACCGCACUCACCGAAAAGAGUAAACUGGAUGAAGAUUAUCUGUACAUGGCAUAUGCCGACAUUAUGGCAAAGAGCUGCCAUAUUGGUGAGGAAGACGAAGGGGGAGAGGAGGUGGAGGGGGGCGAGGAUGAGAUGCCCUUUGAGGUGCGACAGACAGAGAUGGAAAAAGAGAUGGAGAAGCAGAGGCUCCUGUACCAGCAGUCCCGGCUGCACAACCGCGGGGCUGCCGAGAUGGUGCUGCAGAUGAUCAGCGCCUGCAAAGGGGGGACGGGCUGCAUGGUCUCUUCCACUCUCAAACUGGGCAUCUCCAUCCUGAACGGGGGUAACAGUGAGGUUCAGCAGAAAAUGCUGGAUUAUCUUAAGGAUAAGAAGGACGUGGGCUUCUUCCUUAGUCUCCAGACUCUAAUGCAGAACUGCAGCGUCCUGGACCUGAACGCGUUUGAGAGGCAGAACAAGGCGGAGGGGCUGGGCAUGGUGUCGGAGGAGGGCACGAACAUGAAGCUAGAACGUGGUGAGAAGGUCAUGGCCGAUGACGAGUUCACCUGCGACCUCUUCCGCUUCCUGCAGCUGCUCUGCGAGGGACACAAUAACGAUUUCCAGAACUACCUGCGGACGCAGACGGGCAGUACCACCACCAUCAACGUCAUCAUCUGCACCGUGGACUACCUGCUCCGACUGCAGGAGUCGAUCAGCGACUUCUACUGGUAUUACUCCGGGAAGGAGAUCAUCGACGAGCCAGGCAAGAGGAACUUCUCCAAAGCCAUGACGGUGGCCAAGCAGGUCUUCAACAGCUUGACGGAGUACAUCCAGGGCCCCUGCACGGGUAACCAGCAGUCCCUGGCACACAGCAGGCUGUGGGACGCCGUGGUGGGCUUCCUCCACGUCUUUGCUCACAUGAUGAUGAAGCUGGCGCAGGGUAAAACCGGCUCUGCUCCUGGGGACCUCCGCGUCGAGCACAGCCAGUCUCCCAUCCUUAAGCACCAUGAGAUUAGUGACUCGAGUCAGAUCGGACUUUUGAAGGAGCUUCUGGAUCUUCAGAAAGACAUGGUGGUUAUGCUGCUGUCCCUGCUAGAGGGCAAUGUGGUUAAUGGCACCAUUGCCCGUCAGAUGGUCGACAUGCUGGUGGAGUCGUCCAGCAAUGUGGAGAUGAUCCUCAAGUUUUUCGACAUGUUCCUGAAGCUGAAGGACAUCGUGGCCUCGGACGCGUUCCGCGACUACGUGACCGACCCGCGCGGGCUGAUCUCCAAGAAGGACUUCCAGAAGGCCAUGGACAGCCAGAAGCAGUACUCCCCGUCCGAGAUCCAGUUCCUGCUGUCCUGCUCUGAGGCCGACGAGAAUGAGAUGAUCAACUACGAGGAGUUCGCCAACCGCUUCCAGGAGCCGGCUAAGGACAUCGGCUUCAACAUCGCCGUGCUGCUCACCAACCUGUCGGAGCAUGUGCCCCACGACACGCGGCUGCAGAACUUCCUGGAGCAGGCCGAGAGCGUCCUCAACUACUUCCGCCCCUUCCUGGGCCGCAUCGAGAUCAUGGGCGCCAGCAGGAAGAUCGAGCGCAUCUACUUCGAGAUCAGCGCCGUCAACCGAGCCCAGUGGGAGAUGCCUCAGGUCAAGGAGUCCAAGCGGCAGUUCAUCUUCGACGUGGUCAACGAGGGCGGCGAGUCGGAGAAGAUGGAGCUCUUCGUCAACUUCUGCGAGGACACCAUCUUCGAGAUGAACAUCGCCUCGCAGAUCUCCGAGCAGGACGGGGAGGAGAAGGAAGAGGAGGACGAGGAGAUGGGCGAAGGCAGCGGGGAAGGAGGGGCAGGAGGGGGAGGGGGCGGAGACGAAGACGGCAACGGGGACGAGGACCAGCCCGAGUCUAGCUCUGCCUUCGUGGACUUCCUCAACAGCGCCGUCAACUUCCUGGGCAUGUUCACCUUCCGCAAUCUCCGCCGCCAGUACCGGCGGGUGCGGAGGAUGACCAUGAAGGAGAUAGUGGUGGGCGUGGCCACCUUCCUCUGGGCCAUCCUGAUGAGCAUCCUGCUCUUCAUCUUCAGCGUGUGCAAGGGCAUCUUCCUCCUCCUCUGGCAGACCCUGUUUGGCGGCGGCCUGGUGGAGGGCGCCAAGAACAUCACCGUGACGGAGAUCCUGGCCAGCAUGCCCGACCCAACGCAGGACGAGGUGCACGGGGACCUGCCCGGGGAGCCGGGGGGCGGGGAGGAGCAAGAGGUGGGCGGGGCCACGGACAUGAUGGACACCGGCGGGGGGGAGGAGGAGGAGGAGGACAGCCAGGACAAGGAAGGAGGUCGUGUUCCCGGUAUCGAUGUCCCCGGGGGACUGGGGGACAUGGGGGACACCAACCCUGUGGACCCCCCCACCCCAGAGGGCACUCCCUUGGCCAAGAGGAAAGUGCAGACUUCAGAGGAGGCUAAACCUGAACCGCCCGCUAUAGUGGAACCACCCCCAGAACCAGAAAAGGCUGACGCUGAAAACGGAGAGAAGGCUGAGAAGGAAAAGGCGGAGGCUCAGGCAGAGGAGAAAGCAGAGGUGCCUCAGAAAGAGAAGAAAGCCAAAGCCAAGAAAGACAAGAAACCGGCCAGACACGGAGGCUUUGAGCUCUGGAACGAGCUGGACAUCCAGAGGAACAAAUUCCUGAACUACCUGUCCCGGAACUUCUACAACCUGCGGUUCCUGGCUUUAUUCAUUGCCUUUGCUCUGAACUUCAUCCUACUCUUCUACAAGGUGUCGGACAGCCCCCCCGGGGAGGAGUUUGAGGGCUCUGGGGGGUUUGAGGGCUCCGGGCUGUUCGGGGACCCUGGAGAAGAGCCGGAAGGUUCCGGGGCGGAAGACGGCGGAGGGGGUGACGACGAGGACGAAGGCCCGGUGUACUACUUCCUGGAGGAGAGCACUGGAUACAUGCAGCCCACACUCUCUUUCCUGGCCAUCUUGCACACCGUCAUCGCCUUCAUCUGCAUCAUUGGCUACAACUGCCUCAAGAUUCCCCUGGUCAUCUUUAAGAGAGAGAAGGAGCUGGCUCGCAAACUGGAGUUUGACGGUUUAUACAUCACCGAGCAACCGGAGGACGAUGACAUCAAGGGCCAGUGGGACAGAUUAGUACUUAAUACACCAUCUUUCCCAAAUAAUUACUGGGACAAGUUUGUGAAGAGAAAGGUGCUGGAUAAGUACGGGGAUAUCUAUGGCAGAGAGAGGAUAGCGGAGCUGCUGGGGAUGGAUCUGGCCUCACUGGACGUCAGUCAGCAGCACGAGAAGAAGUCUGAAGGGCCAGAUACCUCCAUGUUUGCCUGGAUCACCGCUGUUGAUAUCAAGUACCAGAUCUGGAAGUUUGGAGUUGUGUUCACAGACAACACGUUCCUCUACCUGGUCUGGUACACGGUCAUGUCCCUGCUUGGGCACUACAACAACUUCUUCUUCGCCUGCCACCUGCUGGACAUUGCCAUGGGCGUCAAGACCCUGCGUACCAUCCUGUCCUCCGUCACACACAACGGCAAGCAGCUGAUGAUGACAGUAGGCCUGUUGGCUGUGGUGGUCUACCUCUACACAGUGGUGGCCUUCAACUUCUUCCGCAAGUUCUACAACAAGAGCGAGGACGAGGACGAGCCGGACAUGAAGUGCGACGACAUGAUGACUUGCUACCUGUUCCACAUGUAUGUGGGCGUGCGCGCCGGUGGUGGGAUAGGUGAUGAGAUUGAGGACCCCGCAGGGGACGAGUACGAGCUCUACCGCGUGGUCUUCGACAUCACCUUCUUCUUCUUCGUCAUCGUCAUCCUGCUGGCUAUCAUCCAGGGUCUGAUCAUCGACGCCUUCGGAGAGCUGAGGGACCAGCAGGAGCAGGUGAAGGAGGACAUGGAGACCAAAUGCUUCAUCUGCGGGAUCGGGAGCGACUAUUUUGACACGACUCCACACGGCUUUGAGACGCACACCCUGGAGGAGCACAACUUGGCCAACUACAUGUUCUUCCUGAUGUACCUGAUCAACAAAGAUGAAACAGAGCAUACUGGACAGGAGUCGUACGUCUGGAAGAUGUACCAGGAGCGCUGCUGGGAUUUCUUCCCCGCUGGAGACUGUUUCCGGAAGCAAUAUGAGGAUCAGCUGGCAUAAGCCUGUGUGCCAUAAAGCCUGUGUGUGUGUGUGUGUGUGUGUGCGUGUCUGCGUGUGUCUUUGAGAAGGCGAAUGAGACUAUGGGGUAAUGAGAAGUCGCAGUUUUUUUUUUUUUUAACAUUGGAGAUCUUGUCUGUGUGCUUUUUUUUCUUCUCUGAACGUGAUUCCACCUAUGGAAGCACACACAUACAGCACACAGCUAUCGUGCCAACGUUUGUCUGUGGGGGAAUAGAACGACUGUGCAAGAGAAAGAGAGAUUCUGUAAAUACACUCCAUGGCCUUCCUUUGUGUGUGUGGAUUUUGAGGAAUCGGGACGCAAAGCACUUGCGAGACAGCUCAAGUUCAAAUAGUUACCUGUAUAUGUGCGUAUGCACUAAUGUGUAUGCAUACACACCUGCACACACCUGUACGGAGUGCUGUACCUCUGUGUGUGUAGUGAAGGACUGCAGUUGACAGAAUGAGUGAGAAUCCAAACAAAUCACAGUGCCUAAAACUGUCUCCAUGACUACCACAAUAAUAUGGGGGAGCGCUUCAUCAUCAUCAUCAUUAUUAUUAUUCAUAUUAAAAUUAUCAUUGCUGUUACUAUUAUCAGUAAAAAAUAGUGUAAGUAUUAGUGAUGACACUGAAGUUGACAGUGACUUUAUGAUUUGUGUAUUUAUUUAUUUAUCUAUUUUUGUUUAUCUGAUCGCUGAAGACUGUAAACAUCAAUAUGCUGAAGACGUUUUACGACCUUGAGAUUCCGCAUUUAAUCUUUCAAAUUAUUUUGUAUGGUAAUGUAUUACCACUCCCAUACUCUAGAGGGCACUUGCCUGGUUUAGCUGUGUUUUGUUACACCUAUAUGGUCUGCCCUUGGUUUAUAUUCUCACUUUUCAAAGCAUUUACUUUUCUGUCCAUAAGUAGAGGUCUAGACUGAUUGGGGAAACUCAGCUCAUCAAACUUCUUGUAACACACAUUCUGUCUGUUACAUUCUGUGCGUUACUGUUGAGUUAUUUAUCUUGAGAUGCAUACACCAUUUCCAAGGAACAAUGUCAUACAGUAGUAUGUGGCGGGUUUCUGAGCAUCACCUUUUUACAGCGCCCCUUCACUGUUAAUAACUGCCUACUCCACUACCCAUAAUUCCUGUGGUAAAGUUAGUCCUUUCAUUACCAUGUGCACUUUAGCCUUUUGCGGUACAUUCUGUACGUUGUUCUGUGCAAACAUGAUUCAGGCUCAGCAGCAACUUUUGAAAAUAAAUGUAUUCAUUUUCCCCCCUUAGGCCUUUGCAAUGAUCAGAUGCUGCAAGCUGUUUGUUUCUCAUGUCAACCUUUUAUUGAAAAGAUUAAGGGAAAAUAAUAACUAAAAUGUUGGGGUUGCAACCAUAGAUUUUUUUUAUUGUCGAUUCUGUAGUUUAGAUUUUUUUCCAUUUAUUUUUAUGGAACCUGUUGAUCUGUUUUUCUCGAUCCAGCGCAUGGUGACCUUUAGAUCACAGAUAGGCCUCACCGUGACAGAAAUGUGCCAAUGCAGUCACAGACACUCCCCCAUUUUGUGUUUGGUAAUAUCCGUGUUACCUGAACAUGCAGGAGUGUGAUUGGUUGCAGUGCAUCAGUGUGUGCGUGCCAGUGACCAAUGGGCUACAGGCAUGCCUAGCAAUAGGGAGCGAGAGAAACUGAUCAUUAUUUCUAAAGACCUGACUGUGUGUCUUUUGACUGACGCCUGUUUCGAUGCAGAUUAAACUGAUUUCGAUAUUUUAAA